GUACUUGGCCAGUGCAAAACAAAUACUUAUCUAACACACUCUGCCGGUGUGUGAGUGGAACCGGCUGUUCGAAUGGUUUUGUAAAUAUUUGUUCCAAAAUAUUCCAAACAGUCUGCCAACCGGCGAGAUGAUGAACGCUAGGUUCAAACCAGUUCUUUCGCGUAGAUGAAUGCAGUUCAUCUAGUGAACGUUCACCAGUGUCGGUGAAUUCUUUGAUGAGAGAUCUCAUCGGAAGCCAUUCAUAACGAGCGUUUUUUAUUGAAGUAUAUGUCUUUAUAAGCAUUUUAAAUUUAAGUUUUUCUUGGCAAAUAUUGUAUUUCGAGCCCAUCAGAGAAAUAAAUUGUCUGAUCAUAAUAUCUUAUAUGAGCUAAACUAUAGCAGAUUUAAAGAUGAUCGUUGGCUAUUCCUGACCGUCCAAAUAUGCCAGAAAUGGAAUGUUGAGUGCCAACAUUCGGUCCCAACCCGAGAUAAGCAUCGCAUCGCAGCAUCAACCCCUGCACUUGCCACGUUCAACGGUGGUUUGAAAAAUUCCUCUACAAAACGUGAUCGCGAUACAAACGAAGCAUUUAAGCGCUUGACAGAAACGCUUCAAGUCAUUUAAAAUAAUAACAAAAACACACACACAAAGAUUCACUAAAUCAAUGAACUUUCGCAAACCGUUAAAAAUAGACGCACUCAGCUGUCGUCGUUUGACCGGCGCGACUUUGAAAAGGCCAUCCGUCGGAAGUUGGAAGCUUUGUGAGCCCCGGUGUGUUACAUCUACACGAGGGCCCUCCGCCACAUGGUCACCGACGAGUGGUGCUGCCUUGCCAUUGGCACUGUUUUCGCUUGCAGUGCGUAAACAAACAAAUAUAGAUCCGUGGUCGACACUUGCUCAUCUGCCGGGUACGUGAUGAACCAGCCGAGUCGGGAGGAGCUUUACUGUCGCUGUACGCCGGCUUGGUAAAGAGCGAAAAAGAGAGUGAAAGAGAGAGACAAUAGAGAGUUUGAACGCAAUGAUUACUCAGGUGCCUGUACCCUUGCUUGCUAGCUACUGCCGCUCAUGAUAAGAGUGUGUCACCCAGCUAGAAGGUUCUCAGCUGAACCGCAUCCUAGUAGGCGAUUAGUAUGAACUAAUAAACGGUGACGAUCAGAUCGGUUGUCGGGAGGAGGAACGUGCGCCGGCCAAAUUGUUUCGUAUUGUACCGGACCGCGUGAUAAGGAUUCUGGUGAUAUCUCCCGGUCCCGGAGCCGGAAUUAGAUCAAACAAAACGAUGGCGCACACGUGUUUUUUGCUCCGGGUGCUGGUAGGCGUACUGCUCCUGUUAGCUAGCAGCACACCCCAAACCGAUGCGGCACGCAUUCUUGGCAUACUGCCUUCAGUUGGCCGAUCACAUUACAUAAUUGGGGCAGGCCUGAUGAAAGCACUGCUCGAUGCCGGCCACGACGUGACGAUUGUGAGCCCGUACGCGAUGAAAGAUGCGCCAGCAGACCGCCACCGUGACAUUCUGCUGCCGGAUCUAGCUGCCUCGCACGACGUAUCCGGCCCGGAUCUCUUCCAGUACAAGAACGCACCGAAUCUGAUGGUCCUCUACCUGGUGUACAGUGAAAUUGGUCCCCUUACCUCGCAAGCGUUGCUAGAGCAUCCGAAAAUGGUACAGCUGAUGGAGUCGGGCGAACGGUUUGACGCUGUCAUCGUGGAAUCAUUCGCCAGCGAAGUGCUGUACGGUUUGGCGGAACACUUCGGUGGCCAGCUGUUUGUGUUCUCGCCGUUCGGUGCGUCCAUGUGGACGAGUGAGCUCGUCGGUACGCCCUACCCGUACUCGUACAUACCGCACACCUUCCUUAGCUACACGAACGAGAUGAGUUUUUGGCAGCGGUUUACGAACGCACUGGUUGGCCAUGCUGAUAAGCUGUACUAUCGGUGCGUGUUCCUUCCCCAGCAGGAAGCCAUGUUCCGGAAGUACUUUCCCAGCGCGAAGCUAACCUUUCAGCAAACGCUACAAAGUGUCCGGUUAGCGUUCGUGAAUCAGCACUUCAGCCUUAGCUAUCCGCACCCGUACGCGCCGAACAUGAUCGAGAUCGGUGGCAUACAGAUCCAACCGCCCAAGAAGCUACCGGCCGACAUUCAGCGGUACCUCGAUGAAGCGCCGCACGGUGUCAUCUACUUCUCGAUGGGUUCUAUGCUGAAGGGUCGCAACUUCCCCGAGGACAAGCGUGCCGCCUUCGUGAAUGUGUUCCGCGGGCUGCGGGAGAAAGUGAUCUGGAAGUACGAGAACGAUAGUCUCCCGGACAAACCGCCGAACGUGCUGAUCAAGUCGUGGAUGCCCCAGAGCGACAUUUUGGCCCACCCGAACGUGAAGCUGUUCAUCACGCACGGUGGACUGUUGGGCACUACCGAGGGUCUCUACCACGGUGUACCGAUGGUCGGUAUUCCAAUUUACGGCGAUCAGGAGCUAAAUUUGGCCCGGGCCGAACGUGCCGGGUAUGGUGUGAAGCUCGACUACGAUACGCUAAGCGAAGAAACGAUCGCGGCCGCCAUUCGGAGGGUGCUUUCCGACGCCGGCUACAGCGAGCGUGCCCAACUCAUCUCUAAACGCUACCGCGAUCAACCGCUCGGUCCCGCCAAAACUGCGGUCUACUGGGUGGAGUACGUACUGCGGCACGGUGGCGCUCCGCAGCUUCAAUCGCCGGCCGUGCGCUUGUCCUUCGUGGAGUACAAUCUGCUGGACGUGUACGCAUUAAUGGCCGUGAUUGCUUUAUCAGUGCUAAUUGGGAUGGGUGCGGCCUUGAAAGCGCUGCUACGCCGGUUAGGAAUUGUCAAACGACAAACACGCCACCACAGUCAGGGAAGUAAAAAGAAUCAGUAAGAAGAUGAGGAUUGCCAAAAACAAAAAAAAACACAAAUCGCUAUUCUGACAUUGUGCCAAAGAUGUAGGAGGGAUUAAGACAAAUUACAAACCGAUCUACACGACUAGGGCCGCCUCAUCGGUCUAUGGAAAAAAAAGUUUUUUUGACAUUCGGUCGUGCCUGUUAAAAAGCGAGCACUUGAUGAUGGAUUGCGUUAGUCAGCAAGGGCAAACAUCGAGUUCUACCACGCGCCGAGUAGGUGCUGGUUUGAGAUAAACGCUAGGGUGACCGCGAGGACAGUUGUGGCUAUGAUAACAACGUGUGUGAUAUGUACAAUAUGUGCGAUAAGACCGUGUGUAUAUCAGUCAGACACUGUUUACUAUUGUAAUCGUAUGUGAUUGAAUAAAUAAAGAAGUGCUUUUACUAUUAAGCAAACAAAUCAAUUCUUCGUAGCCUAUAACUUUGAGCCUUUGAUCCACAAUAAAAUAAAUUCUGACACAAUUUA